UUCAAAACAAACCUCUCGCGGGCCGAAGACGACGGUUUCGCUCCGCCGCGGCCACCCACUGUUCAACUUUUUCUCGAGCUUCUCACUUUCGGUGCAGAACGCGUUUCGUCCGGACGUGCGUCCCGUGUGUGUGUCAGUGUUCCGUGGCUCCGUGGGGAACCGUGUUUUUCCCGGUCAAGUUGGUUCGCGAUCGUCGUCUUCGUCGGUUUUCGAGUGCGUGUGGACUUCCGGAAUGUUGACGUCAGACGACUUCAAGGACAGUGCUUGAAGCUGUUCCGGUGACUUCCGACAGGACUCUUGGCCAAGGGGCAGAAGGAGCUCGUGAAGGGGGAAAACAGUUUGACGUCUUGUCAGGGGAGAGGUUUUUUUUGGGGGCUUUGUGACGGAUGAACCUGUUUUGCUGCGGGAUCGAUCCAAGUUGGCCAGGAAGUACGAAGGAUUCUUCCGGGGGAAGCUUCAGAACGAGGAAGAAUUUGGCCUGCUGUGCUGAUGUUUUGCUGCGAGCUGUCAGAAAACAUCGGGGCGCUCUUCGAUUGCCAAAAUAAUUAGCAACAUUGAAGAGAAUCGUGCUAAACAAGAUUGUUUGCGAAGAAAAUCAGCAUGUUUUGGUCCCAAACACCCAAAUUCCACUGCAUCAAGCGCAAUUAAUCCGACGGCUGUAAAACAAGAUUUUUGUGCGGUUUCCGCGGCGCAUCCGAGCAAAGAGUUGUGUGCAAAUUUCAACAAAGAGAAGAAUCACACACCACAAAAAAUCGCUCAAAAUGUCUGUUUUGUGUUUUUCGCGAGGUGCUGAUGAAUGAGAAGAAGCCGAAAAAAAAGCAAAAAAAAAAAAGUCAAAUAAAAAUAGUGAUGCUCAAGUGUGUUGCUGUUUUGUGAGCAUAACACAUAAUCCGAAUCUGAUUUAAAGCAGGAAAGCAAAGAGAGUGCGUGGUGUUUGUGUGCUGCUGGGAGGAGGGAGCAAGUGAGACGGCGAUACGUAAACAAACGCACGGGGAAAAAUAACGCCGCAGAUUCGGAGCUCUGGACCCGGUUGGACAUUCUGGAAGCAAGCAACGAAAUCGCAGCAGCAUCCAUUUCUGACAGGUCGAUCGCGAGAGAGAGAGAAUUUUUUGUUUGUUUUCUUGCUGCCUUGCACUGACCAAAGUGCCAACGAAGUGUUUGUGGACAAUUAAGACUACGGUCCAGACUCGAUUAUUCGAAGUUCGAUUAUCCAAAGAUCGCACCGAGUCAGAUCAAACUUGUUGGAGCAGGAUUGGCGUCGACUGUUCAUUCUGGAUAAAUUCGUAGAAUUCGCAACAAUUAGAGAAUGAUGAUGAACGCGAGUUGUGCCGGAGAGUAAAGCGCCAUGUCCAAAAAAGAAGCUUCCACAUCGAUAUCGAAUCGCCGCCAGCAAGCUCGCACCAACAAUGAUGGUCCGGCGGAUUUUGGACUGACGUCGAACUGACGAUCAUGGGCAGUGGAGUUUGGCCGUGUAGGGUGAUUUUAUAGCCUCGUGGGGCGAAGUUUCGGUGGCACGUGAUUUGAGAUUCGAUUAGUGUGGAACGCGAUAAAAACAAACUUAAAGUGAUUUUAAGGUGAAUAAUUAUUUCCAGUUUAUGGCAAAAGUUUGGAUCGGUAAAUUGAAUUAGCAUUGAUCGGAGGAAGCAGUUUGGCGCCAACAAAGAGGCAUCUACGCAAGGGAAGGUGAUGUCAUCAGAAAGAUUUCAUCGGAGCUGGUGUUGAAAAGGACUCGCCCCAGCAGGACCAUCCAACGCGCGCGUGCAGCGCAGAAUGUAAUCCGAAAUUACAUCACGUUCGUCGGAUUAAUCAUCGGCUUGCCAGUUUCGUUUUGGCAAGAAGCGAAAAAACUCUCUGCCCGAAAAGCAAGAACCGCUGCCAGUGUGAGUUCUCCAAUCUCGCACACGCACACACACCAUGAAAGGAUCCGACUCCACGACGAAACUAUGGAGCGGCUCGUCCUCGCCAUCGGCCAGCAGUCACGAUCUGACAACCGGCCACUUUCCCCACCAGCAGAAGUCGUCCGGCAUGGCCAUGAGCACGCUCAACCGGCACAGUUCGGAGACGGGUUCGACGGUGCAUCUGCUCGGAGCCACCAGCGACACCCCGGGCCCCGGCGGGGGAGGCGGGGGUCUAAAGCUGACGGCCGGCAGCUCUUUGACUUCAGCUGACAGAAGCAACCACAAUGGUGGCGUCGGGUACUCCUCGACGUCGUGCACGAUUCCCGGAUUCAACGGAGAACCAGCCAAUGUAAAUAGUAGUAUCGGUAGCAGUAGCAGUAAGGGCAAUUACUUUGGAAGUUCCGACUGUGGCCAACAUCAGUACCAGCAGUACCACCACCAUCAUCACCACCCCAGCAGUAGCGGAAGUAGCAGUGGGUCGUCGUCGAGUGGGCCCGGAAGUGCAAACAUUUUCGCUCGGUGCUGCAUCUACCUGACCAAGGGACUGAACCUGCGGAUAUGUGCCGUCGCGCUAGUGAUAGUUACGAUAUUCUCCAUGCUGUAUUAUAACUACUAUAUGGAUAGUUCGCCGAUAGCUAGUUUUAUGCACCGUGAUACCCGACCUGCCCCGCUCAUCCACUGCCGGAUGCUGAGCAACGGAAAACCCGUGGAACCGUCCCCGGCGCCCGACCACCGGUCCGAGGCCCGGCUCCGGAUCGACCCCAAGGUGCUGGUCUUCGUCGAGACGACCUACUCCCGGCUGGGCCGGGACAUUGCCGAGCUGCUCGUGUACAACCGGAUCAAAUAUAAAAUCGAGGUGGCCGGCAAAAAUGUCCCGGUUCUCACGAUCCAAGACAAGGGUCGGUACGGUGUUAUUGUGUUCGAAAAUUUGGAAAAGUACCUGCAAAUGGACAACUGGAACCGGCAGCUGCUGGACAAGUACUGCCGAGACUAUUCGGUAGGAAUCAUUGGCUUUGUGGCGCCCAGCGAGGAAACCUUGGUUGGGGCCCAACUCCGAGGGUUCCCACUGUACGUGCACACGAACCUGAGACUGAGGGACGCCAGUUUGAACCCGGGAUCGCCGGUACUGCGGUUAACCCGGGCCGGGGAUACCGCGUGGGGACCACUGCCGGGGGGAGAUUGGGCCAUAUUUCAGCACAACCACAGUAGCUAUGAACCGCUGGAGUGGGCGCAACGGAACAACCAGGACUACCCGACGGAUGGGCUGAUACAGCCACCGUUGGCCACGGUCAUUCAGGAUCACGGAAGAGUUGACGGAAUUCAGCGGGUGCUGUUCGGUUCUGGAUUGAGGUUUUGGUUGCAUCGAUUGCUGUUUUUGGACGCGUUGUCCUACCUUAGCCACGGUCAGUUGAGUCUAAACUUGGAGCGAAGGAUUCUGAUUGACGUCGACGACAUUUUCGUUGGAGAGAAGGGAACCCGACUGAAACCAGACGAUGUUCAUGCGCUGAUUGCGACCCAGAACCGGAUAGCGGGGUUGGUUCCCGGAUUCCGCUUUAACCUUGGUUUCUCCGGCAAGUACUUCCACCACGGAACGCACGAAGAAAAUCUCGGCGACGACAUGCUGCUCCGUAACGUUGAUCAGUUCAACUGGUUCUCGCACAUGUGGAACCACCAACAGCCGCAUCUCUACGACAACCUCACCACCCUCAUGAACGACAUGAUCCUGAACAAAGACUUUGCCAACGAAAAGGGCAUCCCAACGGACUCCGGCUACUCGGUCUCACCACAUCACUCGGGCGUCUACCCCGCCCACGAACUCCUCUACAUGGCCUGGAAAAAGGUCUGGAACAUCCGGGUCACGUCCACCGAAGAGUACCCACACCUAAGGCCAGCCCGUCUCCGCCGUGGCUUCAUCCAUCGCAACAUCAUGGUCCUCCCCCGACAAACCUGCGGCCUCUUCACCCACACCAUGUACAUCGACCGCUACCCCGGCGGACGCGACAAACUCGACGAAUCCAUCCAGGGCGGAGAACUCUUCCAAACCAUCGUCUACAACCCAAUCAACAUCUUCAUGACGCACAUGUCCAACUACGGCAGCGAUCGCCUUGCCCUGUACACCUUCGAAUCCGUCAUCAAAUUCCUACGCUGCUGGACCAACCUCAAACUGACCUCCGCCCCUCCCCUCCUCCUCGGCGAAACCUACUUCAAGCUCCACCCGGACGAAACCGACCCCGUCUGGGGCAACCCGUGCGACGACCAGCGCCACAUCAAAAUCUGGUCCCGCAACAAAAGCUGCGACACACUGCCCAAAUUCCUCGUGAUCGGACCGCAGAAAACCGGAACCACCGCCCUGUACACCUUCCUCAGCCUGCACCCGUCGGUCGCGAGCAACCUGCCCAACCCGGACACCUUCGAGGAGAUUCAAUUCUUCAACGGGAACAACUACUACCGCGGCCUCGACUGGUACCAGAACUUUUUCCCCGUGCAGCCGAACGGAACCGGCGGCCGGUACAUGUUCGAGAAGUCGGCCACGUACUUUGACGGGGAGUUGGUGCCGAAGCGGGCGCACGCCCUUUUGCCGCACGCCAAGCUGGUCACGAUACUGAUUUCGCCGGCGAAGCGAGCCUACUCCUGGUACCAGCACAUCAAGGCUCACGGCGACCCGAUCGCGAACAAUUACAGCUUCUUUCAGGUCAUCAUGGCGAGCGACUCGGCCCCGAAACCGCUGCGCGACCUGCGCAACCGGUGCCUCAACCCGGGCAAGUACGCCCAACACCUGGAGCGGUGGCUCGCGUACUACCCCCAGCAGCAGCUGCAGAUCAUCGACGGCGAGCAGCUCAAGUCGAACCCGGUCGAGGUGAUGAUGGAGCUGCAGCGCUUCCUGAAGCUGUCGCCCACGUUCGACUACAGCGAGCACCUGCGGUUCGACAACAAGAAGGGAUUCUACUGCCAGAUCGUGAACGAGAACAAGAACAAGUGUUUGGGCAAGUCGAAGGGCCGCCAGUAUCCGCCCAUGGACGAGAAGAGCGCCAAGUGGUUGCAGAGGUACUACCAAAACCACAACAGCGCACUCAACAAGCUGCUGAAGAAGCUCGGCUCGCGGCCCAUCCCCCAGUGGCUUAAGGACGACCUCUCGACGACUUCAUAACAUCAGCGGCAGCAGCAACAGCAACUUCAGCAGCAGAACCAGCAGCAGCAGCAACCGAUUAUUCAAUGCAUUCAACGAUAGUCAAUAGUUACGAUGGCAGCAGCAGCAAAUUUAGGCUUAAGGCUCAAAGUCAGUCCCCGCGGUGUACAAAUUGUAAGGAGAAGAAGUAGUUUUACCCACUGAAAAUACGCAUGCAUUGUGAAUAGUCCACACACAAAACACCUUUUCGAUGGUUCAGAAAGGUUAAGAAUGUGAGCGAGAGAAAAUGAGAGAGAUCGAGCGCGCCAGUCUAAUGAUUCUUUUUUCUUUUAACUCUAAAUGUAUUUACUUUUAAAGUCUGUUUUUAAGGCACGCACACUCACGCAGUUGUGUAAAAAAUUGUACAAGUCACCCUCGCUACCACUUUCUACAACUAAGUCAUUGUUGUAACAUUCGUCAUUCCUUGCUCUGGAAUCAAAAAGAAAAGAAGAAAACAAAACAAUGUUUACUAACUCAAACUUACAAAUCACAAAUCGUACGCUGUAAACGCAGUUUUAAGUUUAACUUCAGUUCGAGCUUAGUUGAGCGAAUCAAACAAACGAGAUAGUAUUGUCUUAGUUAAGGUUGGUUAAGCAGUGUUAAGUUAAGUGUUAUGUUAGGCGCCGACGAGCUUUGGAUAAGGAAACAAGUUCGGCGGGAGCUUUCGGAGAUUUCCACCAGACCAGGUGGAAAAAGUGGUGAAAGCUUGUGGCGAAAGCGUUUCCUGCUGUGUCCAAACUUGACGGGGAGUGCAAACGGGUUCGGAGCGGUUGCGGAGGCAGUUUGGAUGAUUUUUUUUGUCUUUUUUCAUUAUUUUAGUUACGUCGUUUAAUUACGAAUUGAAUUGAAAUUUUUUGAAAAAAGUGGUUUUUGCGAAAAA